AUGGAUAAUCUAAGAUUCUUAAUAGUAGAUAACUUAAAAUGCAAAGACAACAAUAAUAAGGUGCAUGGUUUUGAAGGCUUGGAGUUUGAUUUUGCAGAGCUAAGAUGCUUCUGUUGGGAUGUUUACCCCUUCACAUCGUUGCCAUUGAAGUUUUAUCCAGAGAACCUUGUAGUACUUGAGAUGCGCAACAACAAUCUUGAACAACUACGGACUGGUAUCAAGAAUCUUGUUAAUUUAAAAUAUAUUGAUCUAAGCUACUCAAAACAUCUUCGUAAAGUCUCGGACCUCUCACAGUUUCCAUAUCUAGAGAGCUUGAUUUUAGAAGACUGUACAAGUUUGUUUGAGAUCACUCCUCCAUCUCAGAAUCUCAAUAAACUUGUUAAUUUGAAUCUGAAAAAUUGCAAAAAUCUCAUCAGUCUUCCAAUUGGUAUUCAAUCAAAGUCUCUUAGAGAUGUUAUUCUCUCUGGCUGCUCUAAUCUCAACAUAGCUCCAAGCAUCUCAUGUAAUAUAGAACGACUGUGUUUGGAUGGAACUGCAAUAAAAGAGUUAUCUUCUUCCAUCGAAUGUCAUUCCAAACUAGUUGAAUUGAAUCUGAAAGACUGUUUAAGGUUUGAAAGUCUUCCAAGCAGCCUUUGUAAUCUGAAAUCUCUUCGACAUCUUAAUCUCUCUGGUUUGUCAAAUCUGAAGACUGUUCCAGAGAUCCCACCCAAGAUAGAAGAGUUAUAUUUAGAUAGAACAGCAAUAAAAGAAUUGUCUUCAUCAAUUGAGAAUGUAUCCAAUCUAAUUAAAUUGGAUCUGAGAAAUUGUUCAAAUCUUGAGAGUUUGCCAAAUGGCAUUGGUAAAUUGAAGUCUCUUAAUUAUCUUAAUAUCUCCGGUUGUUCCAAACUUUGCAGAUUGCCUAAAGACAUAGGAAAUUUGGAAAGUUUGGAAGUUCUAGAAGCUAAUGGAGUGACUAUAAGAGAAUUACCUUCCUCUAUGGUACGUUUGAAAAACCUUCAUGAUUUAUCUUUCGAGAGAUGGAAGAGUCAAGAGCCGGUGUCUUCACUAUCACCUAUUUUAUCAGGUUUGCAAUUUUUAAGGAGAUUAAAUUUGAAUAACUGCAGUCUUACAGAGCUACCCAAUAAUCUUGACCAGCUGCCCUUACUCAGAGAUUUAGAAUUAGAAGGAAACAAUUUUGAGAGCGUACCAACAAACAUCAUCAACCUUUCUAAGUUACGCCUCCUUAACAUAAGGUUUUGUAAUAAGCUUCAAUCUUUGCCAAAGCUUUCACGUAAUAUACAAGAUCUAAAGGCAGAUGGUUGCAAAUUGCUGAAAGCAUUAUCUGGUUUGACAAUUCCAUGUCAGGGAUAUUACAAAAGGACACUUAGCUUCAUCAAUUGUUUCAACCUAGAUUGGAAUGUACUUAGAAACAUCCUGAAAGAUUCUGUAUUGAAAAUGUACUCAGAUAGAACUUUGUGGUUGGAAGUUAUAGAGGGAGUUGGCAGUCGAGAAGGUUGUAUGUGUUUCCCUGGAAGUGAAAUUCCAGAGUGGUUUGACAUUCAAAGUAGUGGAUCUUCUAUAGAACUUCCCAAAGGUUCGUUCAAUCAAAAGUUUCUAGGUUGUGUCUUUUGCACCAUUGUUGGAUUCCCAGAUUAUCAUCGUUUCUACAAUGACAUGGUAAUUCGUACAUCUGAGUUUCAUGAAUUCCCUUGUGAUACGGAGGCCAUCAUCAUUUUCAAUAGUCCAGGCAGUGUAAUAAAGAAGUGUGGGUUACAUUUAUUGUUCACUCAAGGGAUUGAGGAACCUAUGAAAAGAUCCAGAUUUUCUAUCUUUGAUGAAGAUGAAGCUCACUCUAAGAGAUUGAAAUCUUCAAAUUUCUUUGAAGGUGAAUCCAGCUCAAGGUCUGAGUUGCAUCUAGUACCACAUGAGAAAGAAGUAGUGGAAGAGUUCAAUCCAAGUACAAAUGAAUCCAGUAGCUUUACUCUUUUGGAUUUGGAUGAGUUCUCUCAAGAUUUUGUUGGAUCAACAAUGGAUUUGACUGCCACAACCACCCUGCAGCCUACUGACAACGACGGGGUAGAAUCUAGUACUGGAAGUGGCUGCUAUUAUGAUGAAGAUGAAGUGAUCAACCAUAACUGA